UCCAUUUUACUUCUCUAUAUAAAGCUCUCUCAUUUGAUCAUUUUUUCCAUCACCAAUUACAAUUACAAAUACUUUGCCCCUUCCAUUUCUUCAUUUAUUUUCCUCUUUCCCAUCUUCUUAUUUUCAACUUUAUUCCAAUGGCCAGUGUUGAGGUUGAAUCUACACCAGUAGCAGCAGUAGAGACUGCUCCAGCUGAGGUUGAGGUUACCCCAGCUCCAGCUCCAGCUCCAGAGGCAACCAAGGUGGAGGAACCAGUUCCAGUUGUAGAAAAGGAAGCCGAGGUCGAAUCAACACCAGCACCAGCACCAGCAGAAGAGGCUGCUCCUGCUGUGGAGGAAGCAGCCCCUGUAGCUGAAGAGCCUGUGGUUGCAGGAUCUGCAGCCACAAAAUCGGAAGAGCCAGUGGAGGCUGCAGCGGAACCUGUUGCAGCCGCAAUUGAGAAAUUUGAGGCUGCAGCGGAACCUGUUGCAGCCGCAACUGAGAAAUUUGUGGCUGCAGAAGAACCUGCAGCCGUAGCUGAAGAAUCUGUGGCUGCCGCAUCCGUUGAGGAGGCUGCAGCUGCAGCACCCGUAGCUGAACCAGAAGCAGCCCCUGUUGCGGAACCGGAAGCAGAGAAAACAGAGGAAGCUGCUCCUGUAUCUGAGGAACCAGAGAAAGCAGUUCCAGUGGAGAAAUCUGAAGAGUAAAUUCUACUGAGGAAUUUUAUUUGAUGAAUGAUGGGGUCUUUAUUGAAAGUUGGUUGUGUUUAUUUUGUUUCUUAGUUGAGUAUUUUAUUUACUACUAUUACUAUAUUUUUAUAUAAUAUGGUUACAAUGAAGGCAUAUGUUAGUAUUAACAUAUGGUCUAGGUGGUCGGGUGGGAUAUUUUACAUAGUUAUUUUAAGCUAUGUUUGUUGUCUUGUCCAGGGUUCAGUUUGUCAUGGUUUGAUUAAAGAUGAUAUGAGAUUUGAUCUCUAGUUUAUGAUAAUAAUAAGAGAAAA